AUGCUCACGCCACAGUUCAGCCUGCGGCAGGAUGAUCAGUUUGUGUACGUGACCAUCCGCGCACCCUACGUGAAGAUCUCCGAAGUGGACAUGGCCAUCUCAGGCAACAUGUUCCAGUUGCACGUUGCGCCGUACUUUCUGCGCCUGUGCUUCGAAGGGGAGCUGGUUGAGGAUGGACGGGAGACGUCAAAGUACGACAUUGACAAGCGUGAGUUCUACGUGACGCUGCCGAAGAAGGAGCCCGGCCCGUUUCCCGACUUGGACAUGCAGACGCUUCUCAUGUCAAGACGGCAGCGACAACAACAACAACAACAACAGCAGCAGCAGCAGCAGUUGGCACCCGAAAGGGAGGAGGGCACAGCCACACGCCAUCCUGACGCAGCAACAGAAGAAGCGGGUAAGCCCCGAGCGCGACCACUGAUCCAGGUUCUGUCAUCCACAGAAUUUGGGCGCGACGAGGGUGCCAGCAGAGCGCAUGUGCCCGCAGAGGAGCCGCUGCCAGAAGAAUUACAAGCGCAAGCAGCUGCAGAGGACCCAUAUCAGUGGGAGGUCGAGCAAACCUUUCAAGAGGAGCCGCUGUUUGGGGCGUCCGGCUACUCGUACGGGUUUGAUGGCAAAUACUCCGGAACACUCACAACGCUGCAGCAGGAAAUGCCGGACAUCACGCAGCUCGACGACCCUGACAACACGAGCCCCGCCAACCGCCGCCGCCUCCGCAUUGCGCACGAGGACGAGCACUUCAGCGUCGACCACUACCUGGGCGACUUUGCAGAGCCGGACAUGCUGUCACACGUGCUAUCGCAUCGCACGCGGUGGGCAGAGCACCUGGACAGGAUUGGUGUUGACAGGGACACACUGCAUCAGGAGUGGCUCGUCACGGCACACGCGCAUGCCAUGGACGAUGGCUGUGAUGAUGCUGAUGGUGCUGGUGAGGGUGGUGUCCACGCCACAGCUGCAACGUCCACAACAGUAACGGAUCCAAGAAGACAGAUUGAGUUUACAGAGGAGGAGCAGGAGGCCAUGCGACAACUGCGACGCGUCGAAGUGCUCGCGUGUGGCGUGCCUCGUGCACUCCUCACUGCUCUCGACAUCAUGUGCGCAUUCCUGUACGAAAACCGGACAACAGAGGGCGACUUCUCCGUCGAAUCCGGAUGGACCAUCCGCACGCUCAGUAGCGCCCUCUCCUUCCUUGACGAGUUUACGAGUGCGCGGGAGGUGCUGCAUGCGUUUGCUGCGCGCUCGCUCUCGUAUCCGCUCUACCGCUCCUAUGCCCUCACCACCCGCGUCAUUGCCGACCUUCACGACGUCCUCCUCAUCGGAAAACCAGCCAUCCUGCAGUGCUUGCUGGGCGCGCGGCGGCUGCUUGCUGUGGACGAGGUGCGAUAUGUGCUCAACGACAUCUAUUUGAACGACCUGUGCGUAUGGAUACAGGGCGUGAACGCCGCCACCAUCGACAGCUUUGCGGCGCACGUGCGCGGGAUUCGCGUUGAGAAGAAACACAUUCGCUUCCCACUGGAGGCGAUAGAGGCGCUGCUGAACGACAGCGAUGACGACGACGAUGACAGUGACGAUGUUGAUGAGGACGGCAGUGACGAUGACGACGAAGGCGGUAGCAGUGAUGAAGAGGAGGAGGAGGACACGGAUGAAGACGACAGCAGUGAUGAAGAUGACGAUGGGAGCGAUGCGGAAGGCCACGGUGGCGAUGAAGAAGAGGAAAAGGUUGAAGAAAGGGAAAGGGGUGGAGAAGGGGAUGAUGCACAUGCUCAGGCACAACAAGAACAACGACAACAACAACAGCAGCAGCAGCAGCAACACGUCAUGGAUGAGAAAGCUGACGCACUUUCGGCCGGCAAUUGA